AUGGCAAUAGUACGUGUUUGCGUCUGCGGAGAUGAAGGGACCGGCAAAUCGAGUCUCAUUGCGUCUCUUGUUAAGGAUGUUUUCGUGAGCAAUAAGAUACAACCCGUUCUACCCCAGAUAACGAUCCCGCCGAGUAUUGGUACUCCCGAAAAUGUCACUACCACCAUCGUUGAUACGUCGGCGCGUCCGCAAGACCGCACUACUCUGCGCAAGGAGAUCCGGAAGUCCAAUGUUAUUCUCCUGGUCUAUUCUGACCAUUACAGCUAUGAGCGGGUUGCUCUCUUCUGGAUGCCUUAUUUUCGGUCCCUUGGCGUAAACGUCCCUGUGGUCCUAUGUGCCAACAAGUCCGACCUCACCGAUAAUACCACUCCGCAAGUUAUCGAAGACGAGAUGCUACCCGUCAUGAACGAGUUUAGGGAAAUCGAUUCCUGUAUACGAGCAAGCGCCAGGGAGCAUCAGAAUGUCAACGAAACCUUCUUCCUCUGCCAGAAAGCCGUUACACAUCCUAUCGCCCCGCUCUUCGACUACAAGGAGGGUAAUCUGAAGCCAGCCUGCAUGUCAGCUCUGAAGAGGAUAUUCUAUCUCUGCGAUAAGGAUCAGGACGGUUAUUUGAAUGACGAUGAAAUCCAAGAAUUCCAAGGAAAAUGUUUUGAAAAGCCCCUGUCUCACGAGGACCUCGAUAAUAUUAAGCUGUCCAUCGCUAAAACUGUCCCUGGGUCGGAUACUUCAAAAGGGGUUGACAUGCGGGGCUUCCUGCAACUCAACAAGAUAUAUGCCGAGAAAGGUCGACAUGAGACUAUAUGGGUCAUUCUACGGAAAUAUCAUUAUACUGACAGCUUGAGCUUAGAAGAUAGCUUCAUUCAUCCUAAGCUUGACGUUCCAGAAUACGCCUCCGCCGAGCUGAGUCCUGCUGGCUAUCGCUUCUUCAUGGAUCUCUUCUUACUUUUCGAUAAAGACAAUGAUGGAGGCUUAAACGAUCAAGAACUUGAUGCUCUGUUCGCUCCCACCCCCGGCUUGCCUAACUCCUGGAUAGAAUCCUCGUUCCCAUCUACGACCGUCCGCAACGAAGCUGGACAUAUCACUCUGCAAGGGUGGCUUGCUCAGUGGAGUAUGACGACGUUCCUUGAACCUAAGACUACUUUAGAAUAUCUCGCGUAUCUAGGCUUCGAGCCUCAAAAUACUAGGGAAUCUCUCACUUCAGCUUUGAAAGUAACGAAACCCCGUAAGAGAAGAAGACGUCCUGGUCGGGUUGAACGGAACGUCGUGCUAUGCUACAUCAUUGGCGCGGCAAAAUCUGGCAAAUCGUCUCUUCUAGACGCGUUCCUCAACCGGCCAUUCUAUAGCAUGUACCAUCCAACCAUCAAGCCUAGAAGAGCUGUCAACAGUGUAGAGCUUCAGGGUGGCAAACAAUGCUAUCUUAUUCUAGAAGAGCUCGGGGAGCUUGAACCUGCUAUACUAGAGAACCAGGCAAGGCUAGAUUCUUGCGACUUGAUUUGCUAUGCAUACGAUUCGUCGGAUCCAGACUCCUUUUCACAUAUAGUUGACCUUCGAAAGCGGUUUCCACAACUCGAUGAUUUACCCUCUAUAUAUACGGCCUUGAAAGCGGACAAGGACAAAACAACCCAGCGAAGCGAGUUGCAGCCAGACCAGUAUACGUCAAACUUGAUGAUGAGUACGCCGGUCCAUGUGAGCGUAACGUGGAAUAGUAUUGGCGAGCUCUUCGUCGCCUUGGCGGAGGCUGCCACAAACCCCAGCACAGCAUUCCCCAAGAGCGAAGAGCCGCCACCCGACCGGUCAGGUUUAUAUCUUGCUCUCGGGGCGACAACUUGCGCAGCUGUGGCUGCCUUCAUGAUAUGGAGGCGAUCGACGAACUCUGCUUAG